CUGUAAUUGGGUAAACGGUAUUUGUGCUUUUUCACUGCUUCGUUUGCUUCAUUUGGACUCCUCCAUAUGUGUGUGAUCGAGAUCCAUCUUGCUUGAUUAGGAACAAACAACUGCAUGUGACCGUAAUGGGCCAUUUGACUAUCCACUCCUCCAAGCGGAAACCGCACCAGCGAAGGGGGCUACUGGACUUGGUGUCGGCGGCCUUAUUUGCAGCCGUCUUUGUCUUCUUCCUCCUCCUCCUCACGCCGCUCGGUGACUCCCUCGCCGCCUCCGGCCGGCAGUCCUUGCUGGAGGGCUCGCAGCAGCGCCGACGCCUCGCCGCGCUCAUCGAGGCGGGCCGCAAGCCGUCCCCCAUCGAUGCCUGCCCUGCCGAAUUCGCCGACUACAUGCCCUGCGAGGAUCCCGGGGCGUACAGGGAUAAACAUUGCCUCUUGCCUGAAGACACCCCGCUUUGCUUGGUCCCGCCGCCUGUUGGAUAUCGGGUUCCCGUUCGGUGGCCGGAAAGUUUGCACAAGAUAUGGCACGACAACAUGCCUUUCAGGAAAAUAGCUAACUGGAAAGGUCAUGGACGAUGGAUGAAAGAAGAAGGUCCUUACUUUACCUUUCCUGAUGCGGGCCAUUUGUUCCCGGAUGGAGCACUGCAAUAUAUUGAUAAACUCAAACAAUAUAUUCCUAUAGCUGGUGGACUUUUGAGGACCGCUCUUGAUAUCGAUUCUGGGGUUGGGAGCUUUGGUGGUUUACUACUUUCUGAAGACAUGUUGACCCUUUCUUUUGCCCCAAAAGAUUCUAGCAAACAAAAAGUACAAUUUGCAUUGGAACGAGGAGUGCCAGCAAUUUCUGCUACUCUAGGGACUUAUAGGCUUCCGGUUUCUGCAUUUUCAUUUGAUUUGGUGCAUUGCUCUCACUGCUCGAUUCCAUUUACAGCACAUAAUGCAUCAUACUUUAUUGAGGUUGAUCGGCUACUUCGACCAGGAGGCUACCUAGUCAUAUCUGGUCCCCCUGUACAAUGGCCUAAACUAGAUAAGGAAUGGGCAGACCUUCAAGCUGUGGGCAGAUCACUGUGUUUUGAACUGAUUGUUGUGGAUGGUAACACAGCCAUUUGGAAGAAGACUGUUGGGGAUUCAUGUCUUCAAACCCACAGUGAAUUUGGGCUUGAUUUGUGUGGUGAUUCUGAUGAACCAAGUGCUGCAUGGUAUGUAAAGCUGAAAAAAUGUGUCAGCAAGACCUAUUCUGUAGAAGGAAAUUUUGCUAUUGGUACCAUUCCGGAAUGGCCAAAGAGGCUGAUGAAAGCUUCUUCCAGGGCUACUGCAUUGAAAUAUGGAUUGGAUGUGUUUGAAGCCGACAACAGAAGAUGGGCAAGGAGAGUAGCAUACUAUAAGAAAACAUUGAAUUUGAAGCUAGGAACUCCGGCCAUACGGAAUGUCAUGGAUAUGAAUGCAUUUUUAGGAGGCUUUGCUGCAGCAUUGUCGGCAGAUCCUGUUUGGGUGAUGAAUGUGGUUCCAGCUCGUAAAACUUUGACACUUGAAGUCAUCUACGAUAGAGGCCUUAUUGGGGUUUACCAUAAUUGGUGUGAACCUUUCUCUACUUACCCUCGGAGUUAUGAUCUAAUUCAUGUAGCUGCUAUCCAAUCUCUCAUAAAGGAUCCUACCUCUGGCAAGAUCAGGUGUAACCUUGUUGAUUUGAUAGUGGAGAUGGAUAGAAUGCUAAGGCCAGAAGGAACUGUUUUGAUCCGCGAUUCGCCUCGGGUGAUAGGUCGAAUUGAGCGAAUAGCCCAAGCUGUAAGGUGGACCACAAGUAGUCACGAGGACGAGCCAGGAUCACACGGGUCAGAGAAAAUCUUAGUAGCAACGAAGAAACUUUGGACAUCAGAUUCACUAUCCAACUAAUUACAUUGUGAGAGAUGUUCCUUCUCUCUCUCUUUCUUGCUUGCCUGAGAGGUCAAGACACAUGCUCAAACCAAUUCUUUCGUGCUCUUGAUUAUGGGAAGGAAAGUAGAUGAUAUAGAAUGAAAGUGAAGUGUACAAAUACAGAAAUACAUAUGUAAUUCAUGUCACUCGGAAUAUCCUUUUGUAAAAACAUCGGUUCAUUUGACAUACUCCAUAUCAUAUUUAUUUUUGUAUUCGUCACGAUUUUUUCAAACAAAUAAAAUAUGUUAUCGUGCUAAUUUCCUCAAUCAUCA